AUGAGACGAAGAUGGGGACCGACAACGUUCUCCACCCUGGGCCUGUUGAUGGUCGUCUCUACGGCCCAACGAUUUGACGACUCUGUGCUGUUCGACCUUGAGUACAAGUCGAUUCCGGUUGAGGGAAAGAAUGAGGACCUUUUGAAGGUGGACCAAGCAGCACCCAGGGAAACGUUAGAGAUCAGAACAAGAAAUGGCGAAAAUUAUUCAUGCCAUAUUCCUUACGUCCCUGAUGCGUCACAACGCAAAAAGAUCACCUCCUACAACGGGCCAUCCCCUGCCGAGUUGCUGACACCCAUCUACACCGAGAAGAUUUGCUCGUUGAAGGGGGAUUUCUAUUGGAUAUACGAGAUUUGUCACGGCCGAUAUGUUCUGCAAUUCCAUGAGGAGCGGGAAAUGACUAGCAUCAAGCGGACGGAGUUUUUCCUGGGAAACUAUCAUGAAGAUUACGCGACAAAGGCGGCCAGCCUAAAAUUCGACCAUUUGAAUCCGCCGACAAGGGUGAUUGACGAGAUCCCGACGCCAUAUUUUCCUGUAACUUAUACGAAGGGCACCGCUUGCGAUAUCACCGGAAAGCCGCGGACUACAACAGUGCUGUACAUUUGUGAUGAGGCUGGACAAGAAAAUAUUCACUCGUUAGCCGAGGUGUCGUCUUGCCACUAUGAAGCCAUCGUCCUCACCAGCCGUCUCUGCUCGCACCCAUCUUUUGCUCCGCCCGCAAAGAGCAACUACCAGCUCGUCUGUUAUGAUCAGGAAGGACGCAAAGAUCCACGGCCACUUGCCCUGUUACAAAGUGGCGACAUGCGAAGUCUGGAAGCCGAAUCGCGAAAAGCAGCCGAAGCUCGUGCCAGUCUGACGGCUGAAGAGGAAAUGAUUGCAGAAUCACUGAACCAAGCCUAUCAAGAGCUCGAGAAGCGGAGGUUCGAUUCCGUAGCGACAAAGAAUCGCGACGUGCAGCAUCAGAUCAUUACGCAGGGGCGCGGAAAGGCGAACCCCGAACGGACCGAGAUUGACGAGCACAAAGUAAAUGCCCAGAUUGCCAGCGAUACGAUUAGCAAAAUUUUCUCAGGCAAAGAAUGCAUCCAGGGCGGAGCCGGGUGGUGGAAAUACGAGUUUUGUUAUGGAAGCACGGUCACCCAGUUCCAUAUUACGCAGGACGGGCAAAAACAAUCGAUUUUAUUGGGGACAUUUGAUGAGGAAAUUCACAAAGCCUGGAUUGACGAGAACCCGAAGAAGGCGCCUCUAAAGAAUGCCGGAAAAAUAAUACAAGUGAGCAACAUUUAUGUGCGCGGUGAUUUGUGUGAUGAAUCACGGGUUCAUAGGUCCGUCGAAGUGAAGCUGCGUUGUAAAGCCGUCGAGGGCAGCAAGUUAGCGAUUGGACUCGCGCUAGAGGAACCGAGCGUCUGCCAAUACAUUCUGACGUUGGAGAGCGCGCGCUUCUGCCCGAUCCUCGAAGAAGCCGACGAAUACGGGCUGAUCGAUGCCGAAGAUUUGGCGCAAAGGAUGUCGACUGAUCCGGUGAAACAGCUGAAGCUAAAGGCAGGGAUUGUGAAGCGCCUGGUAAAGGACCACGCAAGCUACCACAAAGAGGUGGCCAAAGAACAAGAGCGCGUGGCGAAGAUCGAGGCCGACCCAUCCCAAGAGGAGUUCGAGUACAAGCUUCGCAAAGCCAAGGAAGUCCUGCAGGAGUCGCAAGGCAUGAUCGGUGACACGAAACGGCGUCUCGCCAAUGCCGUCUCCGACUUGAAGAAUGUAAUCGAGAGCGGCGGAUUUGCUGAUGAUCUACCGGAACUCGUCGAAGCCAACGGACACCUUCAAGACGCUGCCGCGCUAGCC